AUGUCUUCCAAAUUAAUACCAAUAAAAGACCAAGCUGCAUUGGUUUUAGAUGACGGUAAAAUUUACAAGAUUCAACAUAAAAGACAAAGAAAGAUUUUGAGUUGUGUUUUAUGUCAUCAACGGAAAAUUAAAUGUUCCAGGGAACACCCAUCAUGUGCAAAUUGUAUUAAAAACGGUUUGAAUUGUUGUUACUUUGUUAAUGAUAGAGUAUCAAAUAGACCGGGAGAAACGCAACGUCAGCAACCUAAUGGCAAUAGUUUCGAUGUGAACGAAGGCUCUAUACAAUUAAACAAUAAUGAUUUAGAUUCGAUACGACAGAAUGGUCAUAUUAUGGUUAGUCAAAAAAAUAAAACUACGGAAACUGAUGAUAAUGAUGUAUUAUUUACGAAUUGUCACACUAAGAAAGAUAUGAAAUCCAAGGAAAAGUUAUUAAAAGCUAUAGCAGAGGCUAAAAAGUACCAAGAAGAUGAAAAAUACUUAAUUGAAGAGAGUAAAAAAAGAAAGAGGAAAUACACUAAAAGGAGUAAAAAGUUCUUUAAUAACAAUAGAGAUGGUGAUAUGACUCCCAAAGUAAAUAACUAUACCAAUGAUGAUAAUGAUAAGACUCAUUCUAGUGAUGUAAUUUUGGGACCUACAAGUGCUUCUAAUAGUCCGACUAUAAAUAAUAAUAUGAGCACACUUCCUGUACCUAAUAAUAAUAACACACAUGGCAUAAAUACUUCACACAAUAGCAUAAAUUCGAAAUUCCCACCAACAAUUUCACAAUUACAGCCAUCGCUUUUUGGUAAUUCUGGGAAUACUGUAGCAAUGUUUCCAUCUCUUUUAUCAAACAACAAUCUGUCAUUUGUUAGCAAUAGUAAUAAUAAUAAUAAUAAUAAUAAUGAUAAUAAUAAUGAUAAUGAUAACUUAAAAAAUGAAAUUAAUACAACACCGUUAACCAAUAGCACCAUCUUCAAUACUCUACCCACAUCAAAUGACACUGAUAAGAAUAUAUUGACAAGCUCUAAAUUUUCUAAUAAGAUUAAAAAAUAUUUGCCCUCCAAAGAAAGAUCUUAUGAACUACUAGAAAGAUAUAUCAUUGCAGUACAUCCUUUGUUGCCUUUAAUUGAUUUAACACAUUACCAUAAACAACAUGAUAAUUUUUGGUCUAUUAAUAAUAGUUUCCAUCCAACCAAUUUCCUUUUGCUAUUAUUAGCCGUGAAUUUUGCAUCAACUAAAUCAUUAUAUCAUGAAUUACACGAUCAAACAUUAAAAUUUGAAAUGGACAGGUACAAGAAUGGAUUGGAAUUAUUGUUGAACAGUAAAAUAAUUAAAAAGACCAGGAGGUUAUUAAUGACCAGACUAACAGCACAAGUUUUGGUAAACUCAGUCUCAGAAAAUCCUAAAAUUACUACGAUAGCCGAGUUAGUAAGAUUAUCACAAAAACUAAUGGUAGAUUGCAAUAAUAUGGACAAGAUUCAGCGGAUCUUAUGUUGGCAAAUAUUCCAACUGGAUACUUUAACUUCUUUGCAUAACAACUUAUUACCCUUGAUAAAGUUGGAUGAAUUUGAAAUGGCAUUGCCCUCAGAAGUUAAAGAAAACGGUGUUUUGGAUCCAACUAUAUGUUUUUUGAACGCAAAAUAUAGAUUUGUUUUGCUGCUAAAUGAUUUGUGCUCUAAAACUAAACAAGGUGUAUUCAAUGGGGUUAAGGAGCGAAUAGUGGAUUUGCACGCCUGUUGUAUGGGCAGUGCACUAAGUUUAAGUAAUUAUAAACAACAACCAAACAAUGCACAAUUAACACGAGAAAUGAAUAAAUUCAUAGACUGGGCAAUGUACAUGCUGAACACAUUUGCCGAUAGAGCCUGUUUGCUAUUGCAUUUGAAUAUCAUUAAAGUCACUAUGCCUGUUCUAACCAAGAGGAAAAGAAAAUUACAGGAAUUUGGUGAAAAUUUUUUAGCGAUACAAAGUAUUUUAAAUGAUAGCGGUACUUUGACAUUGCAACCUCGUCAAGGUAAUGCUGCUAAUAUGUAUGACUACGAGGAUUUUACUACUAAUUUGGUUCCCGCAUCGAUACAUUAUCUAGAUGAGUUUCUAAAAUGUUACAAUAAAAUGUUUAUGCGUGAUAAUAAUAACUACAAUGAUUAUUCCCUAUAUAACUGGGAAUUGAUAGUCAGCAAUAUGCCAAUAAACGCUAUAACAUUUGCGUUAAAAACCUUGGCAUUAGAUCUGAAUAAUAAUGUUGGAUGUAGUGGGAACAACAAAAAUAACAAAACGCUUGACUACAAUUUAACACAUGAUUUGAGAUUUAUUUUACUACAAAAAUCUAUACCCGUGGUAGAUUAUUUAUUGGGGACGGCACAUGUUGUUUGUAGAAAUUGUUUUGAACUAGUUAAAUUAUUGUUUGAACUAAUUAAAGUGAAAUUUGGAAAACAUGACUGUGACUAUGAAUGCAGCGUCAAUAGUAUUAACAACAAAAUAGGGGAAAGAAAAAAUUCGGAUAGUUUAGAGAAUAAUAGUGAUAAUACUAGUAAUAUCAAUAAUAGUAGUAGUGAUGGUAGUAAACGAGAUAUAAUACCGCAGCCUACGUUACACCAUUGCAAUUUAAAUGGGAUGACUAAUAAUAGUGGUAUUAAUAAUGGCAGUCGAUUAUCUGUAAAUAUUAAGGAUAUCGCCUUGAAAUUUGAAACAGAAUGUGGAGAAGCUGCUACCACUUCUAAUAAUUACAUUACUAAUAAUACCAGCAACAACAACAACAAUAAUAACAAUAAUAGUGCCGAGAUGAGUAUUGGUAAAAUCAUGAAUAGUAAUGAUUUAUUCCCGUUGUUAGACGCUAAUCUGAUUACAAAAAUGCACACUAUUGACACUAGUAAUAAUGCUGAUUGUGGUGGGAAUGGUUUAUGUACUACUGUAAAUAAUAAUCAUAAUGAAGGUACUAUAUCAUGUGCACAAAUUGCACCAGGUAUGUUAAAAACUAUGCUAAGAAACAAUGAUAGUGACAUUAAUAAUAAUAAAAGUGCAGGUGAUAACAGUAGCAAUUAUAAUUAUUAUUAUGGGAAUGAGAAUAACUCAAAUACUGGCGAAAUAAUACAAGAACAAGUUGAAGAAACACAAUAUAAUAAACUUGCCAAAUUACAAAGGAUUAAGAUUAAAGUCCAAGCACAUAUAAUGCAACUAAAUGAAGAUGAUGAAGAUUAUGAUGAUGAUGAUGAUGAUGAUGAUGAUGAUUCUGACGAUGAUGAUUCUGACGAUUAUGGAAGUCAAAAUGAUGGAGAUGAAAGUCACCACGUUAAGAGUAGUUGUAAUGACGGUAGUAAUAUGGUUGAAUAUGAUGAAGAUUAUUAUAGAGAAUUUGAAAACGCAUUACUAGAAAUUCUAUGUGGUUUAUUAAAGAUGACUUAA